GCACAAACUGUCGCGCGCAGCCCCGUUUCCGUCCAAUCAAGUAGCAGCGCGAGCGCGAGUGAGAUGGACGGAGACAGCAGCACCACAGAUACCACUCAGUUAGGAAUAACUGGAGAGUAUAUGACCGGAGGGACAUAUGUCUUACAGACCCAGGAUGAUGAUGGGGAUGAAAGUUUCAAUGACCACGAGGAUGGCAAUGGCAGCAAAGACUAUUUCCGAGAACAGGACAUCUACCUUCCCAUCGCAAAUGUUGCCCGCAUCAUGAAGAAUGCCAUCCCACAGACUGGAAAGAUAGCAAAGGAUGCAAAAGAGUGUGUUCAGGAGUGUGUGAGUGAGUUCAUCAGCUUCAUGACAUCUGAGGCCAGUGAGAGAUGCCAUCAAGAGAAACGCAAAACCAUAAACGGAGAGGACAUCCUGUUUGCUAUGUCCACUCUGGGUUUUGACAUGUACGUGGAGCCACUUAAAGUCUACCUGCAGAAGUUCAGAGAGGCAAUGAAGGGUGAGAAAGGAGUCACUCCGGUUACAGUGAGCGAAGGCCUUGGAGAAGAGCUUACAGAUGACAGUUUCACCGGUCAGUUGCCUGCAGGACUGAUCACUGCAGACGGCCAGCAACAGAACGUGAUGGUAUACACCACUUCGUACCAGCAGAUCCCUGGCGUGCAGCAGAUACAGUUCUCAUGACUGAAGACCGGCACGAGUAUAUCUAAUAGCCUGUCCAGUGUCCAGACAGACUUAUCUCUUGCCUUGCAAAGUUUUCAGGUCCGUGCUGGAAGACCAAGAGAUGCCCGGUUACCAGAGCAGGAACAAAAGUGCCUGUUGCCAGGAGGCUGAUUAGAUCUAAAGUUAUGUCUUGUAAUUCAUUCAGUAUUAUAUUUAGGCCAGUUUGGGA